CGCAGUCGCCUUUCUGUUUCCCAGCACGUCGAUCGUGAAGGUCCUUCAUCGGAUCACAAUGUCAGGGAUCCGUUACUUCUGCAUCCUUCUGACAACACCCAUCCCACCAUGUCUGACAAUCCCAGUGUUAGCGCUGAUCAAGUACCGUCCGCAGAACCUGCUUCGCAGGUACUUUCGUCCAAUGAUGUUGGACAAUCAAUUCCGGUGGUUGCACAGGUUCAGGCUACCACUCCUGCCGUGCAGGAAGGCGCUGGUCCCAAAUCGGUUGACGAUGAACUUAGGGAUUCCCGCGAUGCUGCGGAAGGCAUGAAACUGCUCGGGGAACGUGCGACUUCUGCGGUGUCCACCGCCAACAAUGCCCCAGCAGGUCUCGCUGCCGCAGACGAUUUUCAGACGACAUAUCUACA